ACUCUCUCAGCUUUUGUCUUCCUCUAGGGGGAGACUGGAUUCUUCUUUGGAUACACCAAAAAACAAGCCACAGCUUUUAGUGAGGUCCAUCACCUAUAACGCAAAAUACAAACAUCAGAGAAGACACACAGAACCUUCCAUUACCCUCUCCAAUGUCAAAUAUUUCAGGUGAUGAAGGAAGCUUCUCCUCAGGAAACAAUGGGGAAGAAGUUCAUCAAGAAACCCAACACCAACACCCUCAAAACCACCUUCAUGACUCUACUUCAGGACCAUCUGCUGCUUCCAAUACCAAUGCCUUCCACCUAAAUCCAAAAACCAGAAGAAAAGAAACCUUUCCAGGAACCCCAGGCAAAUACUCAACUAAAAUAGACCCCAGUGCUGAAGUUGUUGCUUUAUCACCAACCACACUGAUGGCAACAAAUAGAUUCGUGUGUGAGAUCUGCAACAAAGGGUUUCAGAGGGACCAAAACCUUCAGUUGCACCGCAGAGGUCACAAUCUUCCGUGGAAACUGAGGCAACGAACAAGCACUGAGGCUAAGAAACGUGUGUAUGUUUGCCCUGAGCCAUCAUGCGUGCACCAUAACCCAGGUCGUGCAUUAGGAGACCUCACUGGCAUCAAAAAGCACUAUAGCCGCAAACACGGUGAGAAGAAAUGGAAAUGUGACAAGUGCUCUAAGAGAUACGCAGUGCAGUCUGAUUGGAAGGCCCACCAGAAAACUUGUGGCACCAGGGAAUACAAAUGUGACUGUGGAACCAUAUUUUCCAGGAGAGAUAGUUUUAUCACUCACAGAGCUUUCUGUGAUGCAUUAACUGAAGAAAACAACAGAGUGAACCAGGGUCUGACAAGUGGCAUGCCACCAAACCUGCAGAAUCAAAUACCGGAUCUUAUGUCUACCAUGCCUCUAAACACUAGUCCCAACACAGCUUAUGACCCUAAGAACCCACUGAAAUCACUCCCCCAAGAACUUGUCCCAAUACCAUUCAAGUCUAUGAGCAUGGGAGGGGGCAUGUUCUCUACCAAUGCAGGUGCACUUUUUGGUGGCCCAAAAAGCAUGUCUCCUUCUUCUUCCAGCCUCCAACUGGGUUCCAACACCUCAUCAAGCUUCAAUUACUUGCAAGACAACAAAAACGGAGGACUAAUUGCUGCCUCGGCUCAGAUGUCUGCAACAGCUUUGUUACAGAAAGCAGCCCAAAUGGGUGCCACUGCAAGCAAUACCAUUAACUCCCCCAUGAUGCAAAAAGGCUUUGUUAGUAGCACUGCUGCUCCUGAUCAUGUUUCUUCCACUAGGCCGCCAUAUUCUGGUGCCAUGCUGCAGCAUAACAACUCCUACGACCAUUUCUCUCCACAGCCUGAUCUCUCCAACAUGGCUGGGGUGAGUGGUGGAGGAGCAUUCAUCAAUCAGUUUUUUCAUAAAGGACAAGAAAUUUCACAAGUUUUUGACACCAACACUGCCGGGUCUGCUAUGAACGAUGUGGGAAUGUUCAGCCAAAUGCCUCUGGGGAGUGACCACAAUCCGGGAUUGAUGAAGAAUGUGGAACAAGAUGUUAGUAAUUGUUCUGGUUUGAUCCAUGGAAAAGACGUGGUUGAAAAUAACCCAAUGCAGCCAUCAAGGUUUGGAGGGAGUGACAUGACAACUGUUCAUGACUUUUUGGGCAUUGGUGGUUCAACUUCUAGAGUCAUGAACCAUUUUCAUCACCAUUUUCCACACGAGGAUUCAGCAGCAAUGGAGGAACCCAUAUGGGAUGUUUGAGAGCAGAUCUUUAUCAUGUAUGCUUCUGAUUAUACAGAGUUAGUCACCAAACUAUGGAACGUUUCGAUGGUUAGAACUGGAUUUGAAUUAGAUUAUCUACCC